AUACGUUUAUUUAGUUUUUAUUCAUCAUAAAUCGCCGCCUGCACAAAUCCUUUUUUAUUGGUAACCGCAAACACAAACAGGUGUGCUUACUAUACGAGUAAUAACAAACAGAUUACUAAGCUUAGCUAAUUAAACAUAGGCUACGAACGUUUAAACUUACAACAUCAGAAAGUCAAGAACGCAACCAUGUACGAAGAGCUAAUGCCAGGGGGGCCAACCGGAAAUCUUGUUCCAACUUUUCCACAGUCCGUAGAAACUCAAAAAAAUUUGUACAGAGAUGUCAAAUCAUCCAAUAAUACUAAAGAGAUAAGCAAUUGUUUGUGGUACCAUUUUAAACUUCGGCGUGAAGAAGCUCAAGCAAUGGUUGUAAACGAUGGUGAUUUCCUUCUUCGUCAAUCUCUAUCCAGUGUUGAUGAUUAUGUUCUAACAUUAAGAUGGAAUGCAACAGUUCUUCAUUUUAAAAUCAAUAAGUUUGUCCAGAGGCACGAUGCUGUAAACUCUAGCACAUUCUUUGUGUUUGAGCGAGCUUACUUUGAUUCUAUAUACUCACUUAUUAUGUACCACAUGGAAAACCAAAUUCCAAUUUCUGUGCUCACUGGAGCGUUAAUCCAACACCCUAUCACACGUCAAACACCUGCUGUUGGGUUUAAUGAAAGACAAACAGUUUUACGAAUGGAUGCACAUGGAACAAAAGAAAACAAUUCAAAUGUUAUGAAGACAGAGAAAGAAGACAAAGUACCCCCACUAAAUGUUGUUACCAAGUUUGAUAUUCCACCAAAACCCAGUCGAGUUCCAUCUUUUCGCAAACCAGUGAUUCGACACGGUUCUGGUACCAGAUCUGCAACUGGUAAAAGUCUCACAAAAAGCGUGACUUCUAAAAAAGGGGAAGAUAAGUCAGAAAUCUUACAAGAAAGAUCUUCUGCAUUGAAUGUUUCAAAACAACAACCUGAUAAUUCCAAGGAACCAGUUCUGUCCUAUGUAAGUAACAUUCUGCAAACUAACAACAAACCGUUAGAUAGCCAAGCAAUGGCCGCUGUAAAGAAGAUAUUGCUACAAACCGAUCCUUUUAAAAUUGCAAAGCACAUCACCUAUCAUGAUUAUAAAAUUUGUGAAAUUCAUGACAAUGGAUUGGAGAAAAUGAUAUUUCCUGUUGGCAGCAAGUUAAGAAAGUUAGUCUUAGAAAGAUACCAAUGUCUUGCUUUCUGGGUUGCAAUAACAAUAUUAUCCGGUUCUCAAAAUGUCAGUGAGAUGGUUGAUAUGCUUAACAUAUUUAUUCAGGUAGCAAAUGAACUUGUUCACAGUUUGGGAAAUGUUUUCGGAUUUUCUGCUUUAAUGCAUGGCUUGCUCUGCCCACAGAUGUUGAAGAUCAUUAAGGUAUGGGCAUUACUUCAGCAACGUUAUACAAAUAAUUCGGUCACUUUGUUUAAAAAGUUGAACCCAUUGUUGAAAUUGCUGGAUGAAGGAAAAGGUCAAAUAAGUUUGGAGAGCACAUGCAUUCCACACAUUGUUCCAAUGCUACGUUUCCUUGAGAAUCCAUUAACUGAAAUUCCUCAUUAUACAAAUAAAACCAACGUUGGCAGCUCACCAAGUGUACCUAAAUCUACGAAGGAUCCUCAACAGCAGGAACAUGAUUGGUGGAAAAAUAUACCUGAUGACAGUUUUGAUGGAAUGUUAGCUCAACUUAAUGUGACAAGAACUAACAUCACAUCAAGGGAUUUGUUCCAAAAAACAACUCAAUCUAAGAUUUUUGUCCAUGGCUAUGAUACUGGACAAUCAAUAUCGGAAAUUUUGUCAACUGAAUUUCAUAUGCGAUUGUUAUUUGGUCAAAAAGGUGUUGAAUCAGCACAGUGGGAAAGAUAUGCAAAAUUUGAUCGCCUUAUAACUCUCAUAGCACAGAGAAUUUAAAAAUAUAUUUUUAAUAUGUAUUUUUAAAUACUUUUAAUAAACCGUCUAUAUUUAAUGUUUCAAUGCUUUUAAUAUAUCAUUCACAAUUCUGCUUUAGAGUUCUAUAUCUGUAUUGUUCUAUGCUAUAACUUAAGCUUCAUAUAUUUGGUGCUUUUGGAUUUGGUUCGAUUGUAACUUUUAUAUAGUAGGGUGGAGGAAGAGUCGUGAAGAUUUUAUAAUGUUCUUUGUUUACUACUAAAUGGGACGUGAAAUAGAAUGUAAAGGUAUCCCAUCUCCCCCCACUCUACUAUAUGUACCUUUUUUACUGUUCGUAUUAUAACAAUCGUAUAAUCACUAAUCUAUCGUUUCAUCAGAAGUUCGGUUUUGAAUAACAUAGUGAUGUGCACUACAUGAAUUAUUGAACUUCUAAUAUAAUUGAUUUUUCGCACUAAUCAGUGAUCACAUUCAUGGCCCAUGAGAGUGUUCUCCAUCCCUGCACUUAACAUUCAUCCAAAUGAAACUAAUUAUAAACAAUUAUUGUGUUGACUUGUUGUAUAACAGAUUUGAAUUACACUGCAGUUAACUACA